CUCGGAUCCUCCUUAGGUCCUCAUGCCCGACGAUUCAGAAGACCUCCUCAUCCCUCCAGCACAUGCUCGCUCGAUUUCACCAUCGCAUACCGGCUAUACACCACCAACUUCGACGACGCUGAUGAUGGACGAUCUCAGGCACACCCGGACUGGUGGGCUAAAGAGGAAGAGAGGAGGAUGGGUAGUGGUAGUCUCGUAUGUCUUUGACUGGGUCAUUAUUGCUGUUGCCGGAGUCAUUGGCUAUAUUUUUGGGGCUAAAACCCCAAACAAGAGACCUUUCUCACUUUACGAUCCCAAUAUCUCAUUCCCCUUCACAGUAAAGGAAACUGUGCCCGUCUGGCUGGCAGCAUGCAUCAGCGUGAUCGCCCCCAUCUUCUUUAUUGCCGUCAUCUCGCUGAUAUUCGUCCCUGGCGCUACCGUACCUCGGGGUACGCCGAAGGCCUUGAUCUGGAAGCGAAAGCUAUGGGAACUGCAUAUUGGCUGGCUGGGGUUGGCUCUGUCGAUAGCGUCAGCCUGGCUGAUCACGAAUGGCAUGAAGAACCUUUACGGAAAGCCGCGACCGGAUCUUCUCUCGAGAUGCCAGCCCGAUCUCGCCAAUGUCGCCAAGUAUAUCGUUGGAGGUUAUGCUAAUUCCAGCAUGAAUGGGCACCUGGUCAGCGCAAAUAUCUGCAUGAAUCCAGACAAGGCCAAGCUGGAUGAUGGGUUCAGGAGUUACCCCAGCGGUCACUCCAGCUCCGCAGCAGCUGGUCUCAUCUACCUCUCACUUUUCAUCGCCAGCAAGUUCGCCAUCACAAUUCCCUUCCUCGCCUCCGGCACGAAUGUCGAUGCCGCCUCUUUCUCCGCCUUUCCCUCGCGGACUCGCCAUAACACCGCCAUGUCCGCCAUGGGCGGGCCCGAAUCGUACGAGAUGGCCCCGCGGGGCCCCGCAGGCUCGGGGGGCGGACGGACCUACACGGGCGGCAGCAUCGGCGCGGCCGAGGAGAAGCGUCUUGCGCGACACACGCGCGCCGUGGCCGCCGUACGCCUCCAGGCUGCCGCGCCGCCGCUCUACCUGCUGCUGAUCUGCAUCAUCCCGUGGUUCGCGUCCAUCUUUAUCGCCAGUUCGCGCUGGUUCGACUUCCGCCACCACGGCUUCGACAUCCUGUUCGGCUACCUCAUCGGCUUGAUCUGUGCCUUCUUCUCGUUCCGCUACUACCAUCUGCCUAUUUCGCAAGGUGCUGGGUGGGCUUGGGGUCCUCGCAGUCGCGACAAGGCGUUCUGGGCAGGUGUCGGCAGUUACAGCUACUCGACUGAUCACAACGUCGGCGAGUACUAUCGCGCGGGAGACGAGGAGGAGGCGCUGAGUCCGGAUUCUUUAGACCACGGCAGCAGCUAUGGGCGCCCCGUGCAGGUACGGGCCAAUGGCACCGGUUUGGAAAGCAAUGUGGGACCGGACCAGCCUGGUGGGAUCAUCACGGGGAGGAAACCACCGUCGCUUGACGUUGAUCAAUGAGAACAGGUUGACACAGCUUACAGAGAGGGGUAUAUGACGAUCAGAUAUGAAAGGUAGAUUUCGACGCAUUGUCGGAUCAGAAGAGUCAAGGUGCAUUUUCCGGAAGUAGGGACUUGGCCCGGGUGGGUGGGCUUGAUGACAAAAGCGAUUAUUCCUCUAAACGAGGAAAUAUGAGGAACAACAAAUGGUUUUAUGUCACCAACAUGGGUUUUGGUACAGUCUCUCUUAUGUUCAGGAGGCGUUUGAGAUAGGGAAAUGAGGAACCUAUCCAUAUAUACAAAUAUCUACCUGGUAACUCUU